GAUGCAAAAAGUUGGCGGGAUCGGAGUAUGUAAGAGGACAUGACAACGCGUUAAAAGUACUAGCAGUGCAAUGGGCGAUUGAUAAUGGAUUGUUACCGAAAGGAACGAAGUGGUACACAGAGAAAUGGGAGAGAGGAAAAGUAAUUGCAAAUAACGGGAAGAAGCUAUAUUGGGAUUGGGAACACAGGAUGAGAACGAGUUGCACGGCAAGGAGGCCCGAUCUGACGCUAGAGGACAGCAGAAAGAAAGAGAUUAUGCUAAUAGACAUGGCAUGUCCGUAUGAGUCGAACAAAGACGGGAAAAGAGAAGAGAAGAUAAGAAAGUACCAACAGCUUUGUUAUGAAUUACGGGAAAGACGGGACGGAUAUAAAGUGAAAGUUAUACCAGCGGUGAUCGGCUGUUUAGGAGGAGGGAUGAAAAGACUGAAAGAUGAUAUAAGAGAGUUGCUUUUAACAACGAGAAAGAUUUACACUGGAUAA